GGCAAUUGCAGUUUGUGGACGAUUGUGAUCUCUUCAGUCCUAAGGAGGAAGUAAGCAAAGUAUACAAUCCAUAAACAGACGUGGUCCUUUGUCUCCGAUCAAUCAUUGGAUCUCAUAAGGGAUACCCUCAGAACUCACAAGAGAAAAAGAGAGAGCUACAUACAUAUAUAUAGCUAACUAGAUCAUUAGUUUCUUAGUUUCUUUUGGCACGUAUAUAAUAUAUAUAACAUGGGGAGGCCACCUUGCUGUGACAAAAUUGGUAUUAAGAAGGGUCCUUGGACUCCCGAGGAAGACAUCAUCUUGGUGUCUUAUAUUCAAGAACACGGACCAGGCAAUUGGAGAUCAGUUCCAACCAAUACAGGUUUGAUGAGAUGCAGUAAGAGCUGCAGGCUUAGAUGGACUAAUUAUCUUCGACCGGGGAUCAAACGAGGUAAUUUCACCGAUCAUGAGGAGAAGAUGAUAAUCCACCUCCAAGCUCUUUUGGGGAACAGAUGGGCUGCUAUAGCCUCCUAUCUUCCACAGAGGACAGACAAUGACAUAAAGAAUUAUUGGAACACCCAUUUGAAGAAGAAGCUGAACAAAAAUGAUCAAAGUGGGACUGAAGAAGGUGUUGACCAAGAAGGGCAUUCACAUUCUUGUUCACAGGGAAAGGGUCAAUGGGAAAGAAGACUACAAACAGAUAUCCAAAUGGCAAAACAAGCUUUGUCUGAGGCUUUGUCCCUUCACAAGCCACCAAAUCAUCAUGUUUUGCCUGAUACUACCAACCCCUUAAGUUCUCAUCAUGACACAAGACCACACCAUGCAUCCCCAUAUGCAUCAAGCUACGAAAACAUUUCUCGAUUGAUGGAAAACUGGAUGAAAUCCCCAAACUCAACUGAUCAAACAAAUUCUUCAGGAUAUUCCCUCAGCAAUAACAUGGUCACUACAGGAUCUAGUUCUAGUGAAGGAGCACAAAGCAGCACCACAUGUACCCAAGAUCUUGCUUUUGACUCCUUGUUGACCCUCAACUCCUCCAAACUUGAUGCCUCUCGAUCUGAGCCCCAGGUUCCUCUUACGCUGUUGGAGAAUUGGCUUUUUGAUGAUGGAACUGCUCAAUGUCAUGAAGAUCUAAUGAACAUGUCAUUGGAGGAAGGUAGCGCAGGUUUGUUUUAGAAAGCAGCUUAUUAUUUACCUUGUUAGGCACUAAGGUUUGUUUUAGGAACUAAGGUCCUUUGUUAUGGCUUGGGUAAGUCCUCUUAAACGUCUUGCAAAUGCAACUUUAUCUAGUUCGAUCGAGAAGAUAACUUCCUCUCACUCUACGAAUUGUACAUUACAAGUACAUCUGUAUCCUUAAUUGUGCUAUGUACUAUCCAUUAAUAAGAGUUCAAUGUAUGUGUAUUUCGGACAGUAAUUUACGGUUUCGAAUUUAAGGAUUG